UAAACAGUAACUUCUGCAUCAGUUUUCUAGCACAACAAUAAAUGUGGCAGAAGUUUAACUAUAAAGGAUGGUGCAGUGGGAAUACUGAACAAUCCUACUCAUUCCAAAAGCAAAGAAUUUGUAGAGUGAGUGCAACAGUUACUUGAAGUUUAUGGGACUGAGAGAGUUAAGGAACAUUUGGAAAUUUGUUAGCGUGAAGCUUUCACUGCGCAGGACAGAUCAAAGUGUUUGCCAGCCUGAGAGCUGGCAUAGCAUCAGACCAGGGUCCUUCCAUUGUUUAUCAGCCAAAACAUUUCCAGCUCCUGUUGCCAUGUUGCAGAUGAGAAGACUCCAUGGAUCCUAAUGCAUGAGACCAAUACAAAACACUGGCACCGAAGCUGUAAGCCUCAAUGUUGAACCAAAGAAAAUCAAACACUAAGCAUAUUUGGCAAGUAUGGAUCUUCUAUAUGGUCAUAAGUGCAAAUCGCUCUGAAGAGAAAGCUACGACGCAGGUGUGUCCUUCAUGUGAUGCCACACAUUUCUGUGACUGUUCUUCAAUGGAUUUGAGCACCAUUCCUUCAGGACUAACAACUGAUGUCACGGGGCUAAAUCUGUCCUACAACAGCAUAGAACAUGUCAGAGAAAAUGAUCUGAAGCUGGGUGUGAAUCUGAGAGUGCUGCUGCUACAAUCCAAUCAAGUUAGGACAAUAGAUAAGGAUUCAUUUAUUUUCCUUGGAAAAUUGGAACAUUUGGAUUUGUCAAAUAAUAAGUUGACUCACUUGUCACCCAUUUGGUUUAGACAUCUUUUUUCCUUACAGCAACUAAACAUACAGGGUAAUUUAUAUACAACACUGGGGGAGAAUCCCUUGUUUUCUAAUCUCAAAAAUUUGAGAUAUCUGCACUUGGGGAAUAACAAUUCCUUCUCUGCUAUACAGAAGCAAGACUUUGAUGGCAUUACAGUUCUUGAGCAACUUGAGAUUGAUGGUCAAAGGCUCAGGAAAUACGAGUCAGGGAGUUUGGCAACAGUUAACAGCAUAAAUCAUAUCAUCAUAAACAUAAAUGAUGUUCAGGUGUUAUCGGUGAUGUUGGAGGAUCUUAUAAAUUCUGCAAUAUGUAUAGAACUGAGAAAUAUAGCCUUCAAUACAGCUAAUGAAUCUUCAUUACUCGAGCCAAUGAGUCAUUCUAUCAUGAAGAAACUUGUGUUAAAAAAUGUUUUGUUUACAGAUGAAAGUGUUAUCAGAGUAUUAAACAUCUUGGUGCAAGCUAAACAAUUUUUGGAGCUGCAAGUGGACGAUUCUGUACUACGGGGAACUGGAAAAUGGCAUGGGCAAAUUGAAGUAAACAGAGAAAGUGCCAUUGAAGUAAUCACAGUACAGAAAUUAGCUAUAGAACAAUUUUAUUUGUUUUCAGAUCUUCAUGGUGUGGAAAAUCUUCUAGGUAACAUUACCAAAACCACAGUUGUAAAUACCAAUGUGUUCUUGGUGCCUUGCAGCAUUUCAAGCCAUUUUUCCUCACUCCUUUAUCUUGAUCUCAGUGAAAAUUUGCUUGCAGAUCCAAAUUUGGAACACUCAUCCUGUAGGGGUGCAUGGCCCUUGCUGCAAACUUUCAAUUUAAGUCAAAAUACAUUGGGUGAUUUAGAAAUGACUGGGCGAAGUCUAUCUCAUCUAAAACACCUUACUCACCUAGAUAUUAGCCGAAACAAUUUUGGUGAGAUUCCGGAAUUAUGUCAAUGGCCAGAAAACCUGAAAUAUUUAAAUAUCUCAGGCACUCAAAUACCCAAAUUAACAACGUGCAUUCCUCAAACUCUUGAAGUUUUGGAUGUUAGUAGUAAUAUUCUCAAUGAUUUUAGAUUAAAGCUGCCACGUCUGAAAGAGCUCUACAUUGCAAAAAACAAAUUAAAGACCUUGCCAGAUGCUCCAUUUAUUCCUAACUUAGUAGCCCUGAGAAUCAGCAGAAACAAAUUAACCAGUUUCUUUAAGGAAGAAUUUGGAUCAUUUAGGAAAAUAGAGACACUGGAUGCAGGUGACAAUAAUUUCAUCUGCUCUUGUGAAUUUCUCUCCUUCAUUCAAUAUCAGGAGGGAAUAGCUAAUGUAUUGGCUAACUGGCCAGAGAACUACAUCUGUGACUCUCCAUCUUCUGUGAGAGGACAGCAGGUAAAAGCUGCUCAACUUUCGCUGUUUGAAUGUCACAGAACUUUGGCCGUGUCCUUAAUUUGCAUUCUGGUGGUCUUGGUAAUCUUGUUUAUUGUGAUCCUGGGCUACAAACUUCAUGUGAUCUGGUACAUGAAAAUGACCUGGGCUUGGCUUCAGGCUAAAAGGAAACCCAGGAAAUCACAUAAUCACGACUUCUGCUAUGAUGCUUUUGUUUCCUACAGUGAAAGAGACUCAGAAUGGGUUGAAAACUUAAUGGUACAGGAACUUGAGAAUGCUAUCCCCCCAUUUAAACUGUGCCUUCAUAAACGGGACUUUGUGCCUGGGAAGUGGAUCGUUGACAACAUCAUUGACUCCAUUGAAAAAAGUCAUAAAACUCUGUUUGUGCUGUCAGAGCACUUUGUGCAGAGCGAGUGGUGCAAGUAUGAGCUGGAGUUCUCGCACUUUCGUCUCUUUGAUGAGCAUAAUGAUGCAGCAAUUUUGAUCCUUUUGGAGCCCAUUGAGGAGCAAACAAUUCCCAAAAGAUUCUGUAAACUGAGGAAAAUAAUGAACACAAAGACCUACCUUGAAUGGCCUCUUGACGAAAAUCAGCAGCAAAUAUUUUGGAAUAACUUGAAAACAGCAUUAAAAUCCUAUGAUGUCAUUUUAGGCUGA